ACUCUAGCCACUGGCGGACCGUUGAAGCAAGAGACACGAACAAAAAAAAAAAGAUAAAUAAAACGGCCACUGCCAAUUGCAACUGGCCACGGGAUUCGCGCGCUACAGUGGGUGUUUGUGUGUGUGUGUGAGUGUGUGUGUGUGGCAAGAGUAAUUUAAUUUCCUAAUAAUUCUUACUUCGUUGAGUGGUAGCGCGUGAGGACUCACAUCUAAGUGGCAGAUUGUGCAGGGCUUAUGGAUAAUUACCUCACCCAGUGUCGAUCGUCCAAGGUGUUAGUGUACUCCCUAGUAGUGGCCGAGUAGUGGUGAGCCUGAGUAACAGUUGCUCAGAUCGUACGUGGGUGCUUGUGUGUGUGUGUGUGUGAAUGUAUGUAGUGCUUGCAAGCGGUCGUGAAACAGCCAACACCAACCGGGCGGGGGACAACAUAAAAUGAGAUAAAUGUGCCGGGGGAGUGCGCGCGUCUACAGCCAAACGCGGACAAAGAUCGUACGGUGACUGUCGGCGGAGCGGGGGGCGGUGAACGCGUGUGUGUGUGUGUGCGCGCAUCGCGACUUGUAGCAGCAACGUGGGGGAGGGUGGAAAGCAAAAAAAAAACACACACAACUGCAGCGGGUGGAAAAGAAGAACACGACAGUUCUAACGCAGCGAUGAAGCUGUGGAAAUCGAAGAAGGGAGUUGCCGCGUCCUCCGGUACGACGACGAGCUGCGUAUCGAGCUCGACCGGUACGCUCAAGGGGGGUGGCGGUGGCGGUGGCGGUAUGCUGUCGAAGACGUGCAAGUUUAGUAACGGCGGCAACGGCGGCAGCAGCAAUCAAAGCAGCAACGGCAGCAGCAGCAGCAGCAGCAACAGCAGCAGCAGCAACGGUCACAGUAGCAGCGUGCUCGAUGACAGCAUUGCCGAAACAUCCUUCAUCAACCACCACCAGGGCACCAACGGCACGCUGUCGCAGGACGGGGGCCAGCCCGGGAGCGGUGUCGUUUCCGCCAUGGUUCAGCACUCAACCGGAAACAUUUUUUCGGCGAGCGAUCGUGCCAUGAGUCCAGCACAAUCGGAAGACUCCGGGCUGGCGGCGGAUCGGGGCACCACGUACGCUACUAUCUCGAUACCGCGUGACAGCGGCCAGAUCGGCAUAGUGAUGGCAGAGCGCAACGAUCUUUCCUUUCCGCCGAUGGUGGAGUCGAUCAGUGGUCCAGUGGCGGAUCUGCUAGCACCGGGCGACCGCAUCCACCAGGUCGAUGGCGUGUCCACGAUCGGGCUGUCGAACCAGCAGAUCUUCAGCAUCCUGUGUCACGGCGAGGGACCGGCCGUCAUCGAGAUCGAAUACUCCUUCCCGGAGUACAUUUCGCAGAACAGUCUCUGCGUAACGACCAAAAUCGCACAGAUCACGGUGGAGCGGGAAAACGGCUGCCUGGGGCUGACGCUGCGGGGCGGCGGCGAGUACCCGCUGGUUGUCACGAACGUGCGCAUGAAUGGUCCCGUCUUUAAGACGGGCCAGAUCAAGCCGGGCGAUCGGGUUCUGCGCGUUGACAAUGUCUCGCUUCUUAACAAGAGCCUCUCGGAGGCACAACACAUACUGAAGGAUGUGCACGCGUCCGGCUACACGAACCUGAUGAUCGAGUACGACGUCUCGGUGAUGCAGACGGUCGAGCUGAGCAUGGGCCCGCUGCUGCUCGAGAUCGAGCGGCCGAUGAACGAGAAGCUCGGCCUGAUACUGAGCAACUACUCCAGCGCGGUCAACCUGAACGACAUCUACCACAGCAGCUACAAGCUGAACGAGGUGCAGCCGGACGGCAUCUUCAUCGCCAGCAUACUGCCCGCCAGCAUCGCCGACAGAUGCGGAGCGCUCACCGUCGGCGAUCAGAUCCUGUCGAUAGACGAGAGUGUGGUCGACAAUGGAGUGUGCACGCUGGAGGAGGCUACCGCACUGUUGGAUGCAAACUGCGUGAAAGGCUACACGCAGCUGCACAUACUUCCUGCCCAUAUGUUCGUUCGGCGUCGAGGCAUCUCAUGCUCCAGCCCCCGGUACGGCUUCAACACGGUCGACUCGCGCAAGAACCUCGCCGGCGGCAAUAGCAAGAACGCGCGGCGACUCCUGCGCAAGAGCUCGCUGCCCCAGACCGCCGAGGACGGGCUGCUCCAGUCCAGUGGGGGACUCUGCCGGGCGGAAAAGAUCCAUCUCAUCCUCGACUGUUCGGCCGGGUCGGGCAUCUGUCUGGGGCCAAAGACGGCCUGCGGCUUCCUGAUCGCUCAGAUCCUGCCCGACUCAGUCGCGGAACGGUCCGGCUGCCUGCAGAAGGGCGAUCGGUUGAUCGCGAUCAACAAGCUGCGCGAUCUGGACGUGAACGCGGCCCGCCAGCUGCUCGGCGAUUACGGGCCGGUGACGGUCGCGAACCACUACCACAAUCAGGCGCCGACGUCGCACUGGGUCGAGCUGGAGGUGGAGUUCGACAUGGCGGACGCGGUCGUGCCGGCGAGCGGCGUCUUCAACAUCAAGCUGCGCAAGCAGAGCCGGUGCGGGCUGGGCAUCACGGUGAAUGGGAACGCGCACGGUUCGUUCCUGAUCGCAGAGGUGAAGCCGGGCAGUGCGGCCCACCGGACGGGCUCGCUGCGGGCCGGCGACCUGCUGAUGGCGGUCGACAACCGGCCCCUGCAGCACUACAAUCUGGACCUGCUGCUGAAGGAGAGCAAGAACGAGUGCAUCACGCUGACGGUGAAGCGGAACUCGCUGCCCGACUUUCUGUACGACGCGCAGCAGAAGCCGGCCGGGCUUUACGGGAGCGCCGAGGAGAGCGGGGCCUUCACCUACGGCAAUCGAUACACAGACGGGACAAUGCUGAAGAUGAACAGCAGCACAGAGUCAUAUGCCAUCGAGGAUCAGCUCCGGCGUCCUGUCUGGUCCAGCACACCUUCCUACGAUGGUGCACCGAUGGGCACUGGUCAAGGCACUGGCACGCUGAAAGCGCCCACCCAGCCGGGCGGCAGUGCCGAACACCUGCCCCUACCUCCGGCCCAUCUGUUGACCAUGGACAGUGAACCGGCCGACGAUCGGUACGACGACAUACUCCACUACAAGAUGGUGUCGAUGAACAUUAGCAACAGCAACUACGUCGGAUUUGGCGCUAACGGCACGUCUCCCGACACUGGGCUGACCUAUGGCAAUGAGCAGCCGCCACCACCGCCACCUCCGCUACAGGCAGCCCCGCCGCCGGAGGAGCUGCGGCAGCGUGUGUUCACCGUGCGGCUGGAACCUAAUGGGGGUCCGCUCGGUAUAACGUUGGCCGCCAGCGAGGACCUGCAGAAGCCCAUCAAGAUCAGCGCCGUUACGGAGGGCGGUGUAGCGCACACGGUCGGUCAGCUGCAGGUCGGCGACUGUCUGCUCGCCAUCAACGGCGAAAGCGUUAGCGGUGUGCCGCUCACGACCGCGACCAAGCUGCUGCAGAAGUUUGAGAACGUCGUCGACCUGCAGAUUGCCCGCGUUGAGCCUGUGCCGGCCGGUGGUGGUGUUGAUGGUGGGUCCGCGUCGGCGGUCUACGCGAAGGUACAGCGGCGACCGCGCAGCCCCUCGAUCAAUGAUGCCGCUUCGAACAGCUCGUACGGUGCGGCACAGACGGGCCCCCCUGGGGGCGGUACCAUCCGGACGAUGCACGUGACGCUGUUCAAGGACCGGGUGUACGACGAUUACGGGUUUUCCGUGUCGGACGGGCUGUACGAGCGAGGGGUGUACAUCAACCGCAUACGGUCGGGCGGACCGGCCGAUCUAGCCGGGCUGCUGCGACCCUUCGAUCGCAUCGUACAGGUUAAUGGGACGAAGACGCAGGACUUUGACUGCUGCCUCACCGUGCCGCUGAUAGCGGCGGCAGGCGACAAGAUAGAGCUGGUUAUACAGCGAACACUCGAGGAGUAGGGCAAGGCGUCGGAAGCGUCGGAGACCAUCCACUAAUGGUGUUUAUUCCCUUUUUUUCUCACAACAAGCUCUUCUACUCCUACACACUACCCGUUUACAACUGUCCAUUAAAACUAAAAAAACAACAAACAAACAAAACUACAUUCAUCGCUUCCACUAAUAUGGCAUUAUUUAUUUAAAAAGUCUCUCCGUAGGCACCACUAACGUAUUAGCGUUUACACAUUAAUUUUAAUAACACAAACUGCAACAAUUGACAAUAAUAAAAGAAGAAAAAACAAACAAACAAACCAGAAAGGCUGCACGGGUCGGU